AUGAGUGACAAUGACUUGAAAACACACCCGUUGGUCGUGUUGGUUUCUGAUAACGGAGAACCCUCACUGUCAGCGACUGUGUCUAUUGAUGUGGUGGUGGUUGAAAGUACAGGUGAAAUCCAGACUCAAUUCACAAAUGUGGCGAGAAAAGAGGAGAGCUUCUCCGAUUUAAACCUGUAUUUACUGAUCGCCAUUGCCUCGGUGUCAGUGAUAUUUUUACUGAGCCUCAUCAGUUUAAUAGCUGUAAAAUGCCACAGGACAGACGACAGUUUCAGCAGGUACAGCGCCCCAAUGAUCACCACACAUCCUGACGGGAGCUGGUCUUACUCUAAAUCUACUCAGCAGUAUGACGUGUGUUUCAGUUCAGACACACUGAAGAGUGACGUAGUGGUUUUCCCCGCGCCAUAUCCACCUGCAGAUGCAGAAUUGAUCAGUAUUAACGGAAAUGACACGUUUAACAGGACUCAAACAUUACCCAACAAAGAGAAGGUAAGGGUUACAGGUCAGUUGACAAUGAAAUCCCCCCCCCCCCCCCCCCCCCCCCCCCCCCGGUGUUUAGGCCUUCCAUGUUAUCUGCCCUGGGAUGCUUAAGCUGGUUAUUAUGACGUUGUUCGGUUAUUUUCUUACUCAUUUGAAUGAUCAGUGAUAUUUUAGAACGUUGUACCAGUGUGUUACAAGUUGUACCAGUUGUAACAUUUGCUUACUAUUUGCCUGCAUGGUUAAAAUGAGAGCGGUCUCGCUGUCCAUGGUGCUGAAAAGCAUCUCUCCCGCUUGCGAGGCGUUUUUCUGAUGAAGUAGUUGAACAUUUGGGAUCUGGUGUCUAUGUUAACUAGGUCGAAUCAUAUUGAGUAGUUUUUAUCUCCUCAUAGUUAAAAGACUGUAGAACUCACUAAUAACAUCAUAUAUUAUCAGAUAUUAUGGUCAUCAUGCAUAGCUUGUGUGGUUACUGUUGCCUUUUAUGUGUUUUGGGAGAUUUAUUUUUUUUGGUCUUCACUUCCACAGAAAUCUAUAGCCGAGUUGUUCCAUUUUCUCUGUAGAUAUCCACCCGGUGUCGCUAUCUGCUCACACAGUGUAAAUCCUCGCUAGUUGUUUGAGGCUCCUCCCUUUACAGGAGCAGUGGUCGGUGUCGAAAAAAAAGGCUUUGUUUGCUCGAGCAGCAGAACGUUGUGGAUCUCGUCUGGAUCUGUUUUGGAUUUUUUUAAAUUACGCAGCUAUGCGGACGACAGCCGCUUUUGGUAGCUGAAGGUUUGGUAAACAGAAUACUGUCACAAUGACUCACAAAGGGUUUCUUUUUCGUUCGUGGAUUUACUAUCUCCUCCCAUUGUUCCAUCUUUGGAGUAUCGCAUCAGCACAGAUUGUCUAUUCCAUAUCGGAGGAAUCUAACCCGGGCACUGUUGUUGGACAUUUCGCGAAGGAUUUGCAUCUUGAAGUGCAGGAACUUGAAUAUCGUGGGUUUGAGAUUUCUGGACUCAAUAAGAGGUAUUUCGAUGUAAAUACAAAGACUGGAAUUUUGUCCGUGAGGGAGAGAAUAGACAGAGACGAGCUCUGUGCUCGGAGCACCAAGUGUUCUUUAGAACUAGAAGCCAUUGUGAAUUCGCCAUUGAACCUAUACCGCUUUGAGGUGAAUAUUUUGGAUAUAAAUGACAACUCACCGUCGUUUAGGUCGCCUAAAACAUAUUUGAAUGUAUCGGAGUUUGCAUUUCCAGGUGAGAGAUUUCCUUUGGACAGCGCCUACGACGCAGACAUAGGAGCUAACUCUGUAAAGAGCUACAAGCUGAGCACGAAUGAACACUUCUCCCUGGAUGUACAGAGCGGUGGAGAGCAGAGUGUGUCUGCUGAGUUAGUGCUGCAGAAAGCUUUAGACCGAGAGAAACAGCCUGUGAUCCAGCUCACACUGACCGCUGUAGAUGGAGGAAAACCUCCAAGAUCCGGGACAUCACUUAUUAUAAUAAAUGUAGAGGAUGUUAACGAUAAUAUUCCUAUUUUCUCAAAGCCCCUCUACAAAGCUCGUAUUCCUGAGAAUAUGCCUCCAGGUAGCUCCGUGAUUAUGGUUCAAGCGAACGAUUCAGAUGAGGGCCUAAACGGUGAAAUAGUGUAUAGUUUUAUCAACCAAAACAAUGAUAAUAGCAUUGACGCAUUUGCAAUUAAUUCCGUUACUGGAGAAAUCACUGUGAAAGGCGUGGUGGAUCACGAGACAAACAAUGCCUUUGAAAUCCGCGUCCAAGCUAAAGAUAAAGGCCACAAGCCAAGAGCAUCUCACUGUAAAGUGCUGGUUGAAAUUACCGACGUGAAUGACAAUCCACCAGAGAUAUCUGUCACAUCUUUAGUUAACGUUGUAAAAGAGGAUGCGUCAUUAGGGACAAUGGUUGGCCUGAUAACAAUAAAAGACAAUGACGCAGGCAAAAAUGGCGCUGUACAUGUUAAAAUACUAGGCUCUGUACCAUUUACGAUAAAGAGCUCUUAUAAUAAUCAUUAUUCGUUAGUGGUCGACGGGCCUCUUGACAGAGAGAGUGCUUCUCAGUAUAAUGUCACCAUCACAGCUACGGAUGAAGGGACCCCGCCUCUCCAUAGCACCAGCGUUAUUACUGUACACGUUUCUGAUGUGAAUGACAAUGCUCCUCACUUCUCAGAACCCGUGAUUAACAUUUAUGUGAAAGAGAACAGUCCGGUAGGAGACGUCAUUUACACGAUUUCUGCUUUUGACCCAGAUUCAGAUGAAAAUGCAAAAGUAACUUAUUCUUCGUUAGAUAAACGUGUUUUCAUAUCAUCGUCUGUAAAUAUAAACUCAGAUACAGGAGAUAUAGUCAGUCUGAAGUCUUUUAACUAUGAAGAGAUAAAAACUUUCAAUUUUAAAGUUCAGGCCACAGACUCUGGCGUUCCUCCUCUCAGCAGCAACGUGACUGUGAACGUUUUUAUUCUGGAUGAGAAUGACAACCGUCCUGGGAUUCUCGCGCCCUAUUCUGAGCACGGCUCCGUUAACACUGAGAACAUUCCCUAUUCUGCUGAAGCGGGCUACUUUGUGGCCAAGAUCAGGGCUGUAGACUCCGACUCUGGCUACAAUGCGCUGCUUUCUUAUCACGUCUCUGAGCCCAAGGGAACCAACCUCUUCCGAAUCGGAACCAGCACCGGGGAACUAAGGACUAAGAGGCGAAUGAGUGACAAUUACUUGAAAACUCACCAGUUGGUCGUGUUGGUUUCUGAUAACGGAGAACCCUCACUGUCAGCGACUGUGUCUAUUGAUGUGGUGGUGGUUGAAAGUACAGGUGAAAUCCAGACUCAAUUCACAAAUGUACCGAGAAAGGAGGAUAACUUCUCUGAUUUAAACCUGUAUUUGCUGAUUGCCAUUGCCUCGGUGUCAAUACUAUGUUUACUGAGCCUGAUCAGUUUAAUAGCUGUAAAAUGCCACAGGACAGACGACAGUUUCAGCAGGUACAGCGCCCCAAUGAUCACCACACACCCUGACGGGAGCUGGUCAUACUCUAAAUCUACUCAGCAGUAUGACGUGUGUUUCAGCUCAGACACACUGAAGAGUGACGUAGUGGUUUUCCCUGUGCCAUAUCCACCUGCAGAUGCAGAACUGAUCAGUAUUAACGGGAAUGACACGUUUAACAGGACACAAACGCUUCCGAAUAAAGAUAAGGUAAGAUAUAGGCUAUAGAUAAACGGGCCUGUUCUUCUAUUGAAUUAUACAUGUAUUACUCCUUUGAACUCCUUGCAGUCAAGAAAAUUGUUUUCAAAGUUUCUCUUACGUUAGAAAACAGCCCUCACCACGAGAGUUGUCACAUUUGCUGCAUUUUUCAGUGCGCUUAUAGCCUCGUGUCUUGAUAGAGCGAGUGUUGCUGUCCACGGUGCUGAAGGCGGCUAAGCUUUCAGAACUAAAGUAA